UGGCCGAGGCCGCGCAAGGGCGCUGUAGCUGCCAGUGCCGCUGUCAUGGCGUCUGAGGCGCUGGCUGAAGAGAACCCGCCGCGGUCUCUUUAGAGCGAGAGGCUGGCGGCUGGGUAUGGAGAGCGGCCCCGAGAGCCUGCAGCCGCUAGAACACGGGGUGGCCGUCGGGCCAGCGCCAGAGACAGGUUCUCCGCAGGAAGGAUUACCGGAGACCAGGCUCGCCGCCGGGGAUGGUUCUGAAGUAUGGGCGGCGGAGAGCAGAGGCGGGAAUGGGCAGGGGGCGGCGGCCGCCGGGAGGAGCCUCUUGGACUCGGUUUCUCCUGCCGGCUCUCUUCAGGUUCCGGGACCCUACAGCUCCUUCCCGGGCUUGGACUUGAAGGAGAGCGAUUUGGAGAAAACUGCUGCCCAGAAGGCGCCUCUGAGAGGGCAACACAAGGUGACCGCCUCCCCAGAGACCGCCGAGGCCGGAGCGGACCAUGGAUCGGGUCCGGCCGGAGACGUCGGCUCCCGCGCGGAUUCCGCCGGCACCUGCCGGGCGGAGUUGGCGGCCGCGGGCUCCGAGGAGCCUAGUAGCGCCGGCGGCCUCAGCAGCAGUUGCAGCGACCCGAGCCCUCCUGGGGAAUCGCCGAGCCUGGACUCCCUGGAGUCUUUCUCUAACCUGCAUUCUUUCCCCAGUAGCUCGGAGUUUAAUAGUGAGGAGGGAGCGGAGAACAGGGUCCCCGCGGAGGAGGAGGAGGACGAGGGCGCGGGCGCAGCGGUGUUGCCCGGGGCUGUGCCUCUUUGCCGAGGGGAGGAGGAGGAGGAGGAGGGGGAGGGAGCGCAGGUACUGGCGGCCUCCAAGGAACGCUUCCCGGGACAGUCGGUCUAUCACAUCAAAUGGAUCCAGUGGAAGGAAGAGAACACACCCAUCAUCACUCAGAAUGAGAAUGGACCCUGCCCUUUGCUGGCCAUCCUCAAUGUUUUGCUUCUGGCCUGGAAGGUCAAACUUCCACCGAUGAUGGAAAUCAUAACUGCUGAGCAGCUGAUGGAAUAUUUAGGAGAUUACAUGCUUGAUGCAAAGCCAAAAGAAAUUUCAGAAAUUCAACGUUUAAACUAUGAGCAGAAUAUGAGUGAUGCUAUGGCAAUCUUGCACAAACUACAGACAGGCUUGGAUGUAAAUGUAAAAUUCACUGGUGUUCGAGUGUUUGAAUAUACACCAGAAUGCAUAGUAUUUGAUCUUCUUGAUAUUCCUUUGUACCAUGGGUGGUUAGUGGACCCUCAGAUUGAUGACAUUGUAAAAGCUGUUGGUAACUGCAGCUACAACCAGCUAGUGGAGAAGAUCAUCUCUUGUAAGCAGUCAGACAAUAGUGAGCUGGUUAGUGAAGGCUUUGUAGCUGAACAGUUUCUAAAUAACACAGCCACUCAACUGACAUACCAUGGAUUAUGUGAACUAACUUCAACGGUUCAGGAAGGAGAACUUUGUGUGUUCUUUCGGAAUAAUCAUUUUAGCACCAUGACCAAAUACAAGGGUCUACUGUAUUUGCUGGUAACAGACCAGGGGUUUCUUACAGAAGAAAAAGUUGUUUGGGAAAGCCUACACAAUGUGGAUGGUGAUGGAAAUUUCUGUGACUCAGAAUUUCAUCUGCGGCCUCCUUCAGAUCCUGAAACCGUAUACAAAGGACAACAGGAUCAGAUAGAUCAGGACUAUCUUAUGGCAUUAUCUCUACAACAAGAACAGCAGAGCCAAGAGAUCAACUGGGAACAAAUACCCGAAGGAAUCAGUGAUUUGGAACUAGCAAAGAAACUCCAAGAAGAAGAAGAUAGACGGGCUUCUCAGUAUUAUCAGGAACAGGAACAAGCAGCAGCAGUUGCUGCUUCUGCUUCUCCACAGGCCCAGCAAAGCCAGCCAGCACAAGCCUCUCCAUCAAGUGGAAGACAAUCUGGGAAUAUCGAUCGUAAACGAAAGGAACCUCGAGAAAAAGAUAAAGAAAAAGAAAAGGACAAAAAUAGCUGUGUCAUUUUGUAACAAGUGGUGGGUUCUGUUGGAUGCAUCUACAUGUCUUGAGAAACAAAACCACAGGAGGAAAGGAAGAAAAACCGAUAAAUACCGUCUGUGCCUGA